UGCAGCACCUGUUCUUGGUUAGUCAACGGCAGGUUUUUGGACAAAGGUUCAGGGAUGACGCCCUGACUCCUGUGUGCUAAGCCUCCCAUCUUCUUCCCUCCCCUUUUCCCUUCAGUCUCUCCAUCAGCUCCCGUCUCUCCUCCCCCUCUUUUCUCUUUUCUGUUUUUCUCCAGAGAUUAGCAGUUUUGCCACACCACAUUGCUCCUACGUCCCGGCCUUCCACCCCAAAAACACAAAGAAAGAGAAGCACAGAAAUCAUGCUUCCUCUCAGUCUACCGCUCUUGGUUUUACUGGUCAGCCUUGCCCAAUGCCAGCAGUAUGACUACGACUACCAGCCUCUGUCCAUGUCGAUGCCAUCAGGGCCCAACUGUAAUCAAGAGUGUACCUGCCCAAUCACUUUCCCCAGCGCCAUGUACUGCGAUAAUCGCAAGCUUAGGUUUGUCCCAGUGGUCCCAAAAGGGAUCAAGUAUCUGUACCUCCAGAACAACAUGAUUGAGGAGAUCAAAGCAGGAGUUUUUGAUAAUGUCACGGAUGAACUGCGCUGGCUGAUACUUGACAACAACCAGAUCACCAACCCGAAGAUCGAGAAGGGCACCAUUGAUAAGCUCACAGCCCUGGAGAAGCUGUUCUUCAGCUCCAACAACCUGACAGAGCCGAUCAUCCCUCCCUCAAAGUCCCUUGAUGAGUUGAAGAUGACAAGCAACAAGCUGUCCAAGUUUCCUGCUGGGCUUUUGAAUGACAAAGUAAACUUGACCUUCAUCUACCUUCAACAUAAUGAGUUAACUUCUGAGGCUAUUGGGGGGGCUUUCAAGGGGUUAAAAGGGCUGCUGUCCCUGGAUGUCAGUUACAACAAGCUAAAGAAGCUGCCAACUGGACUCCCUAACUCACUGGAAAUCCUCUACGCUGACCACAAUGAGAUCGAGAGCAUCGGAUCAGGGUACCUGAACAAGUUGCCCAAUCUGAGAUACCUGAGGAUCUCUCACAACAAGAUGGUGGACUCUGGAAUCCCCGCUGGGGUUUUCAAUGUGACGUCCCUCACGGAACUGGACCUCUCUUUCAACAAGCUGCAGUCCAUUCCUGAGAUCAACGAGCAGCUGGAGCAACUCUACCUUCAGGCCAACGAGAUCAACAAAUUUGACCUCUCAAGUUUCUGCAAGUACACUAGUCCUCUCAACUAUUCCCGCCUGAAGCAUCUGCGCCUGGACGCCAACAACAUCACGCACAGCAGCAUGCCUCCCGAGACCUCCAACUGCCUCCGCGUGGCUUCGGAUGUCAUGUUCGAGUAGGGAUCUCCGUCUGAGUUUUGAUCCAGCCUUCUACUGCCAGGACACAAGCCAACACCAAAUUCUCCUUCUGGGUUUACAAGUCGUAUCACUCCUUUUAUAGAGCUGUCAUCUCCUUGCACUUCUGAGCAUCAAACAAAUCUGUAAUAUUGUAAAUGUUGAUCAUGUUGAAUAUCACUCACAGUGAAGGGCCGUUUUUUUUACAAAAAAUUGUUGAUUUACACUAAAAAAGAUGAAUGGAACAAAAUUAAACAGCUGAUCACCAGUGGAAGUAUGUUUAAAAAAUCUUAAAGUAAAGAAAAAAAACACUUGAAAAAAAACUUUUAAGUCAUAUAUUAAUACAAUUUAGUUCUCAUUUUAUUGUAUGCUACAUUGUUUUGCAUGUAUUAUGGCACAAUAAUCAGUAAGACAGGACUGUGUCCACUGUGUAAUGUGAUUCAAAUGUAUUAUAGAACUCAUACAAGUAUAUUAUGUGUGUAAAAAUAAAAAUACUUUAAAGUAAAAGCUAAUAGUGGCAACCAUCAACGCCCAGUGUUAGGUAAUUUGAACUGUCGAUUGCUUUAAGCUCUAAAAUUCACAUUUUUAUAGCUCUUUAAAUUGUAUCAUCUGUCGUUGCGCACUUUGAAAAUAUUUCUUAUCUUAUUGUUUACAUGUCAAUUUUCUCCUGCCGUGCACAUAACAAUAAUGUUUCUGUUUGCAUGCAUCCAAAGGUGCCAUUCUUACAAAAACAUAUUCUCUAGCUUUUGCAGAUGGCUUAGUUAGUUUUGCAAUAAACCUGUUGAUUGAUCUGUUAUUAGACUCUUUUUUUUUUUAAAAAAAAGGACUUUGACUUGGUAUCUGCUGGAUUGGAUUUAUGUUGAAACAAAACGCAGCUGAAUAAAGUAUUUCAACCAUU